GUGAGUUUUGAUGUUUGGGAUCCAGGAGAACAUCCAGAGGAGCGGAAAUAUUAUGAAGGAAGAGCCCAUGGUGGCCGGGAUGAACGCGGUGCGGAGCUGGAUGCAGGGCGCCGGGCUGCUGGACGUCAACACAGCCGCCCAGAGCGGCAUGGCUCUGGCCCGGGCACAUUUCGAGAAGCAACCGCCCUCCAACCUCCGCAAAUCCAACUUCUUCCACUUUGUGCUGGCUCUGUACGACAGACAAGGGCAGCCGGUGGAGAUAGAGAGAACCAGCUUCGUCGGAUUUGUUGAAAAGGAAAAAGAAACGCCAGGGGAAAAGACCAACAAUGGGAUACAGUACAGGUUACAGCUCCUAUACAGCAAUGGUAUCAGGACAGAACAGGACUUUUACGUGCGCCUCAUCGAUUCCAUGACCAAACAGGCGAUCAUCUAUGAGGGACAGGAUAAGAACCCUGAGAUGUGUCGGGUUCUACUGACUCACGAGAUUAUGUGCAGUCAGAUGAUCGGUUUAUUCAGAAACGGCUCGUCAGUCUGCUUCCCCCUCCCCCUCUACCCAAAAUGCAACUCUCCCCAGGUAUAG